AUGGAGCAGCUGUCGGCAAUGCAUGUGCAGACCUGUCGUCUUCCUGACCUUCGCCGCUCAACCUUUGUCUUGAGCAUGCGCUCCCAAUUGGCUGCAACACAGCACAUUCCAGAGACAGAUCGUAAGCGAUCUUUCUUGUGGAUGCUGCCUUUGGGCUGUGCGGUGCUUGCACUAAGAAGCCACUCGCAGCCUGAGCAAGUCCCUUUUUCCCAGCGAAACCGAAUGCUGCGAAGGCCUCGGGCAAAUGUUGCGUCUCCCACGGGUCGCACUGGCAAGCGGAAGCGGCCGCACUUUCCGUUGACGCCUUCGAAUCCAAACGUGCAUGCUACGCCGGGGCGGACGCAGGAAGCGUCAAGUCUGCGGGACAGCAUGAAAACAUGCAGGCGUCCACACCAGCUUCUUAAAUUCUUCGAGGAAAUCCGGAAUGCCGGCGCGCUUGAAGCCAGCAUCUUCGGCUCUGCGAUGCUAAGAUGCGGACAGGGAAGGUGGUGGGAUCAGCUCGUCUACAUCUACUCAAUGCAUAGGGAACUGGGAGUUUCGCUGCGCUGUAUUGAGAACAACAUCCUGCUGCACGCUCUCGCAUCUUGUCUCAAAUGUAGGAGAACUUCCGUGGAAGCAAUGGAGAUCAGGAAGCAGGAGGCUCUGAAGUUGGCUAGGUGUGCAUGGGGGUGCCCACCUCCAACAACAGUCGUAGACUUCAACUGUGGCUUGAGCAGUGCAUUGCGGCUGUGCGCCCGCAUCGGCAGUGAUGCUUAUGCCUGGGCAGACGAGCUCUGGGAGUGGUCGGAGCAGCAACCCUUGCAGAAGACAUACGUGACCUAUGCGGCCAGAAUGUAUCUUUGCGAGCAGCGUGGCCAAGAUGCAGCCGUAGCUGAUCUACUCACGCAGACCAUGCUCCAAAGGCUAUCGCCGGAUGAGGUGGUCCUUGGCGGCCUGCUUGAAGGAGCGGCAGCUUCCUUCAACUGGAGGCGUGCGGAUGAAAUCUGGCAUCUGCUUGUAGAGAGUCACCAGGUAGAAGCAAACUUCUUGGGGUACACUGCAUAUGCCAAAGCUCACCUUUUGGCAGGGAGGCCGCAAGUGAGUGUGGAGAUUGUUGAUAAGAUGCUGGCCAGGGACAACUGCAGAAUGGACUACAAGCUUGCUGUGGAGUAUCUGCAGGCCCUGCUCCUGGUAUGCCAUUCCUCCCUGGCCGAGGCUGACAUUCAAAGGCUUACCGCGUUUCUAGAGCAAGGUGCCACGAUCAUUGCUCAGGAGUCCGCGCAGUCGGGCAAGGAACAGUGGCAAGCACUAGCUUCCCAAGCCUCAAGGAUGAUGGCGGACUCGGGUUCUGUGAAAUUUCAGGACCUUCUCGUCACGAUGAACGCGCGUGAGCUCAGCAUCAUGAAAGACUGGCAAAGCUGCCGCGCGGGCUCCGGCUACCUCGAAGACGGCAUGUCAGAAAAUGCCGGUGCGCUUGAUCAUCACCAUCCCACACGAGGCAGGACCUACCUCGUCUCGGUUUCCAAUCUUCUAUAG